AUGACCAUUCCCUCUGUACCGGGGGUGAGGGCAGAACAAUACAGAACAAUUGCACGGCAUUGUGGGCUCUGGGCAUGAGUGCGGGAGGGAAGGGGUUAACUGCUCAAGGCCAGUUCUGAUGCCGCUCAGCUGUUUGGGUUUGGAGGGGAAACAAUGAGGCCGUUCAGAUGUUUCCGGGACUCUGGGCCGAGAGGGGCCGAGCUCUGAGCUGCUGGGGGAUUUGCAAUGCUGAGAGGGUUUAGGUGCCAGGCUGUGCCGGGAGUCCGAGCAACAUGGCGGGGGGUGGCAGUGCCAGGGGGCAUUGGCUCCAGUGGGCAGUCAGACUGGUUCUGAUCGCUUGGGCAGUUGCUGAUCCAGGUUCUUCCCUCCCAGUGAGAGCUCAGGACACCAACCUCACGUGCUCAGAUUUCCAAACCUCUGGGAUAUUCCAGGACAACCAACUCCAGGUCCAGUUCCUGCUAUUCACCUUCCAGAACCGAAACUGUGGGCAAGUCAUUGACUGGGGUAACGCUGAGAGCAUCGGGGACUCGCCCUUCAACUCCACUCGGGACACCAAGAUCCUGAUCCACGGCUUCAGGGCCCUGGGGACGAAGCCUUCAUGGAUUGACGACAUGGUGGACGCCCUGCUUGGGGCCACAGAUGCCAACGUGGUGGCAGUAGAUUGGGUUUCUGGUUCAACCGCCAAGUACAACCAAGCGGUGGAGAACAUCCCAAGGCUCAGCGGGGAAGUGGCGGAGCUCAUUAAGCACCUACUGGAAUUGGGGGUCACAGAGGAAUCUCUGCACCUGAUUGGGAUCAGCCUCGGGGCACAUGCAGCCGGACUGGUGGGGCAGAUGUUUGGUGGCCGGAUAGGGCAUAUCACAGGGCUGGAUCCUGCAGGCUACAAAUUUAAGAAAGCCCCCCCAGAGGAACGAUUGGACCCCGGGGAUGCAAUGUUCGUAGAGGCCAUACACACAGAUACUGACAGCUUUGGGAUCAGCAUCCCCGUGGGACACGUCGACUAUUUCAUCAAUGGAGGUCGAGACCAACCAGGAUGUCCGUCCGUCCGGCACUUGUACGGAUUCGUCAUCUGCGACCACAUGCGCUCGGUCAGUAUGUACAUUAGCGCCGUUCGGGGGAUCUGCUCCUUCACCGGAUUCCCCUGUCCCACCUACAAGGAGUUCCUGGGGGGCCAAUGUGUGAGCUGCGCUGGCUCCUCCCACGCUUCCUGCCCCCGCAUUGCCCGAGAGGAUAUUCUGGCCAAUCCCAGGACACAGAUCAUCUCACAGGAGGCCCAAGUGUUUCUGAUGACCACUGCCAAGGAGCCCUUCUGUGCGCACCACAUGCUAUUGGUCUUCUCCCUCCCGGAGCCGCGAGACUCCACCCUCACCAUUGAGAUUGAGCUGAAGAGCGAGACUUCCAGCAGCAAAACCAAGAUCUCCAUAGCCGGGGGGCACCUGGAGGGCCGGGCCGUCCUCGCUCACAGUGCCCCUCUGUGUGAGAUCCAGAUGGCGGUUCUGAGAUACCCAGGCUCCAUACUCAGCUUCUGGAGGGGUAAAACGGAAAUCAGGGGCACAUUUUGCGUCUCAGAGAUGCCCCUGGGGGACAGGGCGGAGAGGCGCUGCCUGCCGCAGACUGUGAUGCUGAGCGGGAACAGCCGACAUUCGUACAACCUGCAGACUGCGGGGAGACCUGGGGGCCACAGUGACCCUUGGGAAGAAAACUAACACAGACCCCGCCCACUGGACUGACCAAUGAGAUUGUGACCCUCACUGAGGUUCGGAGGGGGCAGUUCUACAGAAAGACUUGGGCAGAUAGUGACGCCCUGUAACCCAGUAACCCCCCCACUGGCAGAUCCUCAUCAUGUAAAAACCUUACUCACAGCACCCUGACCCCCACCCAAUAAAGCCGCACCCCAACAUUUCCCCAGA